AUAUAUAUGCACAUAUGUGAAUGGUACGCUUUAUGAAGGCAGAUCAGUUGGGUUCUGUGUAGUGAAGUACGUUUUGUAUGAGUGUGGGGAACUCUCCGUACACGAGACGUUUCGUUUGUUUCGAGACAGCGCAUGCAACUCUGCGCGGCACUCGAGCGGCAGAUGCGAUCUGUGUUUGCAUCCAGCUCCUCUUUCCUCCUUUCCUGUGGAACGCAUUUCGCUCUGUAUGUGUGACGCCGUCAGCUGCGCGCGCCCCCAAGGUCCACUGAUUUCUGUGAAGACGCUUUCCAGGCGUUGCUUCGAUUUGCUUAUGUGCGCAUGCAGAUGACGGGCGGCGCCGCUGCCGUGGAUGCUACGUGCAGCGAACGAGGCAACUGCUGGUGUCUCUGCUAGCUUCUCUCUCUCUGAGCUCCUUUCUGCGACUUUCGGUUGAUCACGUCUUCUUUAUUGCUUCGCUGGCGAAUCGAACGGAACGAACCUGACGGCCUCCGCCGCGACGCUCGGAGUUCCGCGUCAGACGCAAAUCGAGGCCCCUCUGAAAAUCGCUAAGAAGACAACACGAAAAACUCCACGAAGGUGGUCUCUUUCUUGACGCAUAAAUGCGCAUAUAAAUAAAUAUAUAUAUCUAUACAUACAAACAUGCAUAUAGUUAAUUUGGUAUAUAUAUAUAUAUAUAUUUGCAUGCGUAUGUCUUAUUCCAUGUAAACGCUUGUAUAUAUGUAAGCAUACGAAUACGCUAUACAUAUGUUUAUGUAUAUAUAGUGUUUGCGUGUAUUUAUAUUGUGAGGGAGGCGGGUGACAGUGUUGUGAGCUCGGAUGUGUAGCGUUUCGAAUGUCCCGCGGUUCGGUCGUUUCCGUGAAGCUUUUUCGUUUUCUGAAACUUUCUGAUUUUUUAUUUUUCCGAGCACGUCUCGACUUUUCUUUUCACACCAAGAAAAGCUCGCUUCCGUUCCGGGCCGAUUUACCUCUUCUCUGCCGUCGUCGGGGUGCAGUCUCUGGGGUGUACGUACACUCGGCGCCCUGUUGGCAGCCGGGCGCGAAGGCGUCACAGGAGACGGCAGAGUUGGUUUUCACAUUUUCUGCCGCCUUUUGGCGAUUUCGGUUUUCCGACUUUGCUUUCUUUUUCCGUAAAGCAUCGAUGCGGCGCGCCGGCCGCUCCAGGUCUGUGUUUUCUUCUGAAUGUGAGGAUGUGAAUGUGUAUAUGGAGGGAAUAGUUGCCUCCAGGCGGGGUGUACGUACACCUGACGCGCGCCCCUGGCGUGGGCCGGGCGGUCCUCUGGCGACCCUUCCUCGGCUCUUUCGCGCUUCUUGAAGCUGUUUCUGCGUUUUUUCUGUGAGGCAUUGUCGGCCAGCUUUUUCUGCGAGUCCGGUGCAAGUGCCCUUCUCGUUUGCGCCUCGACGUUUGCUUGUUUGUCGCGUGCUUCUCUAGUGCACUGGGGAUCUGCUUUCGUGUUUCGUCACCGGAGCGCCAGAACGUGGAAGGCACGAGAGACAACGGGACCAGAGGAGCGAGAGGGGCGCGAGAUAGUCACCGCUUCCGCCCGAACACGAAGCUCUCGCCAACUGCAGAAACACUCGAACGCUUCAGCUUACGGCCCUUGUGCGCAGACACACACGUGAGAGACAGAGUCGGCUCCGCGAGCAUUCACUAUUCGUCUGACGUCGAACGGAGGCUAUAAAGUAGAAUUACAGAAGCACUGAGAAAAGGAAAAACGUGGAAAGAAGUAAACCGUUUUCACUUGCAGUCAGCGUGCAUUCCACCGCACGCACCUCAUGCAGAGCUGAAAACGGGAUGGACAGUCCAGAGUUCACCGCAUGAUAUAAGAAUCCGAGGGUGGAAGAGAGGAAGAGAGAGACGAAGAAGGAGAAGAUGAAGAAGACGAAGAGGAAAAAGAAGAAGCAGAGGGAGACUGAGAGAAUGCAAUCAAGGAUGUUAGAGCACGUCGAGCACGCGAUUGUCGGUGAAGAAUUCAUGGAAUUCAUUUCGGGGGGAGAGGUUCGGUGCUCCACUGAAGAAACGCGUCUGGUCGCCUUCGGCAUUUGAGAACGGGGAAAACGUCUGCCUCCGGCGGGGAUCUGGAAAAAGCCAAGAAUGCCGAAACAGCACGACGCCUGCCUCAGCAUGGCAGCGGACCUACUCAUGUCGCCUGAAGAGCAGGGACUCAGACUGGACCCCGAAGGCAUCUGAAGUGUGUGCCCGAGGGAUCGGUGGAACGUCCGUCUGUAGGACGCGUUUAACAGUCCCGUGCUCUGCGUCCUCUGCAGAGCGACGAAGAUCUGCGAGGAAAUAAAAAGAAAGGUAGAAGACUUCCGGUCUCGGAUAAGAAAGGUGAAACUCAUUUUCAGGUCGUAUCCGAGCGUAGCAACUAAACCAAUUCUUCUUUCUUCCUAUAUAUAUGUAUAUAUACAUAUACAUGCAUGGAUAAGAAUGGACGAAGGGUGCCUGUCAGAAUACUCGGCGAACUGAAACUGGAAUGGCAUACAUAUUUUUUCAUCGUUACGGAAAGUCCCUCCGCGGCUGUCCUGAGAUGUGGAUAUUUCUUCCUGCGUGAACGUGGGCUCUUUUGCUAGUGACACAGUGUCUUAUGUUUUUAUUACAAACUCAAGUUUUUUAUUGGGAAUUCUGAGUUUACCGUUUACACGUAGGACGUUCAUUACAGAUUUACUCAGAUCAAAGUCCAUAACUUGAAUAAAAAGUAUCGGAAAUUCGAAUUCUAAAACAGGACGCUGAACGCAAAUCGUCUCUUGCUUUGUCUGCUUCCGGAUGACUGUAAACGCUUUCAUAAGCGAAGCUGCCUAGCGCUAACACGGUGCAAGCACCUCGUGCUCCCCUCGGGAGUAUGAAACUGGCAAUAUACGCACAGC